CUGAAUGCACCGCAUCAACAACUAGACAGGCAGUGCGCAUGCUCACAUCUUUUAAUACUACCAGCACUCUUGUUUUGUGCUCGCUGAUAACUUGAUAUAUUUCAAAAUUGGUAUCUUGUCGACGUACAUUUUUGGCAUGCUUGACUGAGCGCGUGUUGGGGGAAACCAGCCGCCGUCCAUGUAUUACAGAGAACUGCCGCAAAUAUAUUGGCGUGUCUCAGGGGAAAACGGACUAUGUCGACAAAUAAAACAAAGAAGGUCAAAAUGGCUACGAAAUCUUGCCCUGAAUGUGACCAACAGAUUCCGGUUGCUUGCAAGUCCUGUCCAUGUGGUUAUGUGUUCAUUAGCAGGAAGCUCCUCAAUGCUAAACUCAGCGAGUGCAGCUCACCAGCCAUAGCAGCCGGUCAGGCCGGGAGCCAUUGGCACCUUCUGCUCACUCUUGAAAACAUGACUAACGGCGGGGUUGCAAUUAUCGUCUUAGACAUGCUGGACUUCAAGCGGAGGAGAACGGAGCGCAUUCGCAAGGAGAGGAUCGACUCUCCUUUGACCAGUGACAUGGAGAACCGCAGAAGACCCCGGGCCAACAACCAGUCCGACACCAUCCGCCGGGGACGAGGAAGGCCAAAAACGAAGGACCAGAGAGGACAGAGGGAGAAACAAGAGAAGGAGGUGGACAUUUACGCCGGCCUCUCUGAUGAGAAGGCCUUUGUGUUUUCUGUGGCUCUGGCUGAGAUCAACCGCAAGAUCCUGGGCCAGAGACUGAUCUUGUAAAGUCCCAGAGCAGGAUGAGCAGCGGGUAAGGGGCAAAGAGGCAGAACCGCCUGGAGCCCAGCUCUGACACUCAUGUGCACCAUGGGAUUCUCAUCUGUGGCACGUCACAUGCACGGCCCGUGCAUGUGUGCAGACACGCUGCACGUCUGCAUGGAAAAAGUCUGCUGCUUCUUUUGUAAUCACAUGAAUUGCUGUCGAUGUAACUAUGGAAAUGAAAGGCUGCCAUGUCAUUUUCUGCCUGUAUUGUUGACACAGUCAUCAGAGGAUGUGAAUCAGUUUGCAUCCAUAUUGUAUUCUGGAAGCUUCUUAGUUCCAAUAUAUUUAGUUCAGGAGGAUGAGAAAAUAAAGAAAUCCACUGCUGAACUUAAGGUUUCUCUGACAAAAUCAUUGCAGUAACUGUUGGG